AUGACUGUUGACGAAGGAAUCGAUAUAACUAAAGCCGGCGAUCGCGGAGUUCUAAAAAGAAUUAUUAAAGAGGGCGAGGGAACUGAUACGCCAGGUGCAGGGUGCCAGGUGACCGUACAUUAUACUGGAACUUUAUUGGAUGGUUCUAAAUUCGAUUCGAGUAAAGACCGCAACGAACCUUUUGAAUUUAACCUAGGAAAAGGAACUGUUAUAAAAGCAUGGGACAUUGGUGUAGCUACUAUGAAAAAGGGUGAAGUUUGUGUUUUGACAUGUGCCUCCGAAUAUGCCUAUGGUGCCCAAGGAAGUCCACCUAAAAUACCGCCAAAUUCGACUCUGCAGUUUGAGAUUGAGAUGAUUGAUUGGAAGGCAGAAGACUUAAGUCCCGCCAAGAAUAAAGGUAUUCUCCGGCACAUUAUAGAGCAGGGCUCUGGCUCAGAUUAUCCCAACGAUGGAUCCCAAGUAUCAGUGGAACUCGAGGGAAAGUAUGGUGAUAAAGUUUUCGAUACUCGUACAGUUACAUUUACACUAGGUGAAGGCACAGAACACAAUGUGUGCGAGGGAAUCGAACGGGCACUCGAAAAGUUCCUCAAAGAUGAGAAAUCACGCUUGAUAAUACAACCAAAGUAUGCCUUCAAAUCGGAAGGAAAUAAAGAGAUGGGAGUGCCUCCAAACACACCGGUGGAAUACGUGGUGAAGUUACUCAGUUUUGAAAAGGCCAAAGAAUCCUGGUCUAUGGACGGCGACGAGAAGUUGGAGCAGGCUAAGCUUGCGAAGGAAAAGGGGACGGAGUACUUUAAAGGAAAUAAGUAUAUGCUGGCCGUUAAGAAAUAUAAGAAGGUGGUGUCGCUCGUAGAAGAUAUGCCGGAAGACACAUCCGAAUCCGAGGAAAACAAAUCUCAAGCGAAAGAACUACUCAUAUCGGCGCAUUUGAACCUGGCCUUGGUCCACCUGAAGGUGUCUCCUCCGCAUCACUACGAGGCCAAGGACCACGCGACUAAGGCCCUUAAAUUGGACGAAAAGAAUGUGAAGGGUCUCUUCAGAAGGGGUCAGGCUCUGUUGGGCAUCGGAGAGGCGGAGCGGGCGAUCGAAGACUUCCGGGCGAUCGUCGAGAUGGAACCGGAAAACAAGGCCGCAGUCAAGCAAGUGCUGCUUUGCCGAAAUACCCUGCAGAAGCAGAAGCAGCGCGAGAAGCAGAUGUACGCCAACAUGUUCGACAAAUUCGCGAAACACGACACGCAGGUGGAGAAGGAACGCGCCGAAGCGGAAGUGGACGUGAUAGGGGAGAAGGUGGGUGAGUGGGGAAAAGGGGAAGGGGAGUGGACGGACGAGAUGAGGGACCGGAAGCCCACCGACUUCGAGAAGGAGAACCCCAACAUCCUCCUGCUGGACAAGGAUGGGCAAUUCGAGAACAUGUGA